CCGUGCGCGCUGGCGGGCAUCUGGGAAAGCGAGAGGCUCCCCAGGUGCGGCGGAGGCAGCGCGAAAGCUCUCCUCGGGACUGAGGGCGGCGGCAGGGAAGGAGAAGGCGGCUGAGGGGGGGAGCUGAAAAGCAAGGACCCCCUCCCGUAGACGCCAUCUUGUCUCCCCCCUCCGCCUCUGGAGAUCAUGCUGCCAAGCCCCGCCCCCGUCGCGCUCCCCAAUUUGCCGGACCAGCAGAGAGUCCCGCCCCGUGAGCGGCUCUUGAUUCCCCCUUUCCUGCUGACGAGCAGGUCGGGCGGCCAGUGGGCGCUCGGCUCUCUGCGGAGCUCGUUUGCUGGCGCUCGCUUUCUCUGUCGGAUUCCGCGUCGGUCUGUCUGCUUGGUUCCCAAGGGGCCAUGAGGAAGCCUCGCCGGAAGACACGGCAGAAUGCCGAAGGCCGGCGUUCCCCCUCCCCUUACAGUCUGAAGUGCUCCCCAACGCGGGAGACCUUGACAUAUGCCCAGGCCCAGCGGAUUGUGGAGGUGGACAUUGAUGGGCGCCUUCAUCGGAUCAGCAUCUAUGACCCACUGAAGAUCAUCACUGAGGAUGAGCUGACAGCCCAGGACAUCACUGAAUGCAAUAGUAACAAGGAGAACAGCGAGCAGCCUCAGUUUCCUGGCAAGUCCAAGAAACCCUCGUCCAAGGGCAAGAAGAAGGAAUCCUGCUCCAAGCACGCCUCCGGAACCUCUAUCCACCUCCGACAGCCCAGCUUCCGCAUUGUAGACCCUGGCAACCAGCCUGAGGCACCCCCGCUGCCGGCAGCUUACUACCGAUACAUUGAAAAACCUCCUGAAGACCUGGAUGCAGAAGUUGAGUAUGAUAUGGAUGAAGAAGACCUCGCCUGGCUAGACAUGGUGAAUGAGAAGCGGCGAAUGGACGGGCACAGUUCAGUGUCAGCAGACACCUUCGAGCUGCUGGUGGACCGACUUGAGAAGGAGUCCUAUUUGGAGAGUCGCAGCAGUGGGGCCCAGCAGUCACUCAUUGACGAAGACGCCUUCUGCUGUGUGUGCCUGGACGAUGAAUGCCACAAUAGCAAUGUCAUCCUCUUCUGUGACAUUUGCAACCUGGCUGUACACCAGGAAUGCUAUGGGGUCCCCUACAUCCCUGAGGGCCAGUGGUUGUGCCGCUGCUGCCUGCAGUCCCCUUCCCGGCCCGUGGAUUGUGUUCUGUGUCCCAAUAAAGGUGGCGCCUUCAAACAGACCAGUGAUGGGCACUGGGCCCAUGUGGUGUGUGCCAUCUGGAUCCCUGAGGUCUGUUUUGCUAACACUGUGUUCUUGGAGCCUAUUGAAGGCAUCGACAACAUCCCACCUGCCCGCUGGAAACUAACCUGCUAUAUCUGCAAACAGAAGGGGCUGGGCGCAGCCAUCCAAUGCCACAAAGUGAACUGCUACACAGCCUUCCAUGUGACGUGUGCCCAGCGAGCUGGGCUCUUCAUGAAGAUUGAGCCCAUGAGAGAAACCAGUCUCAAUGGCACCAUUUUCACAGUGCGCAAGACUGCCUACUGUGAGGCACACUCCCCGCCAGGUGCUGCCACUGCCAAGAGGAAGGGUGACUCCCCAAGAAGCCUCAGUGAGGCUGGGGAUGAGGAAGGGCUGAAGGAGGGUGGUGGGGAGGGGGAUGAGGAGGAACAAGUGGGAGAGGAGGAACAGGAAGGCCCAGGCGGGGUGGGUGCCCCAAUCAAAGGAGUGCCCAAGAAGAAUAAGACAAAUCUGAAGCAGAAGAUGAAGAAGGAGCCAGAGGAAACGGGCCGAGACACACCCUCCACCGUCCCAAUGGUCACUGUCCCACAGAUCCCCUCUUACAGGUUGAACAAGAUCUGUAGUGGUCUCUCCUUUCAGAGGAAAAACCAGUUCAUGCAGCGGCUUCACAACUACUGGCUGCUGAAACGGCAGGCAAGGAAUGGUGUCCCCCUCAUCCGGCGCCUGCAUUCCCACCUGCAGUCCCAAAGAAAUGCUGAGCAGCGAGAGCAAGAUGAGAAGACGAGUGCGGUGAAGGAAGAGCUGAAAUACUGGCAGAAGCUGCGGCACGACUUGGAGCGGGCUCGGCUGCUGAUUGAGCUGAUCCGGAAGAGAGAGAAGCUCAAGCGGGAGCAGGUCAAGAUCCAGCAGGCUGCGAUGGAGCUGGAGCUGAUGCCAUUCAAUGUUCUGCUGAGGACAACACUGGACCUGCUGCAGGAGAAGGAUCCUGCACAUAUCUUCGCCGAACCCGUCAACCUCAGUGAGGUUCCAGAUUACCUGGAAUUCAUAUCCAAGCCAAUGGAUUUUUCUACUAUGAGGCGGAAGCUGGAGUCCCACCUGUACCGCACCUUGGAAGAGUUUGAGGAGGACUUUAACCUUAUAGUUACCAACUGCAUGAAGUAUAAUGCUAAAGACACAAUUUUCCACCGGGCAGCUGUCCGUCUACGGGAUCUGGGAGGGGCAAUCUUGCGGCAUGCCCGGCGGCAGGCAGAGAACAUCGGUUAUGACCCUGAGAGGGGCACCCACCUGCCCGAGUCACCCAAAUUGGAGGACUUCUACCGCUUCUCCUGGGAAGACGUGGACAACAUCCUCAUCCCAGAGAACCGAGCCCAUUUGUCCCCAGAAGUGCAGCUGAAGGAGCUGCUGGAGAAACUGGACCUGGUGAGUGCCAUGCGGUCUAGCGGGGCCCGUACCCGCCGUGUCCGCCUGCUGCGCCGGGAGAUCAACGCCCUUCGGCAGAAGCUGGCACAGCCACCACCACCACCACCACAGCCACCAUUGCUGAACAAGAUAGUGUCCAAUGGGGAGCUGCCCGCAGGACCCCAGGGGGAAGCAGCUGUGCUGGAGCAGGCCUUGCAGGAGGAACCAGAAGAUGAUGGGGACAGAGAUGACUCCAGACUGCCUCCCCCACCAACCCUGGAGCCAACUGGGCCUGCGCCUUCCUUGUCUGAGCAAGAAUCUCCCCCGGACCCCCCAACUCUGAAACCCAUCAAUGAUAGUAAACUUCCAAGCCGAUUCCUCAAGGCCAGAAAGGUGGAAGAAGAUGAACUCUUGGAAAAGUCACCUCUGCAGCUAGGGAACGAGCCCCUGCAGCGUCUGCUCAGUGACAAUGGAAUCAACAGACUGUCCCUCAUGGCCCCUGACUCCCCUCCUGGUGCCCUGCAUAGUGGCGUAGGCCGCCGCACGUCCAUCCUUUUUAAGAAGGCCAAAAACGGGGUUAAGCUGCCAAGGAGCCCAGAUGGGGCUCUGGAGAAUGGCGAGGACCAUGGGAUGGUGGGCUCUCCUGCCUCUCCAGCCAGUACGGAAGACGAACACCACUCCCGGAAGCGGCCGAGAAGCGGAAGCUGUAGUGAGAGCGAAGGGGAGAGGUCCCCCCAGCAGGAGGAAGAGACAGGCAUGACCAACGGCUUUGGCAAACACACCGAAAGUGGAUCUGACUCGGAGUGUAGUUUGGGUCUCAGUGGUGGACUGGCAUUUGAAGCUUGCAGUGGUCUGAUGCCCCCCAAACGCAGCCGUGGGAAGCCAGCCCUGUCUCGAGUGCCCUUCCUGGAAGGUGUGAACGGAGACUCUGACUACAAUGGCUCAGGCAGAAGCCUCCUGCUGCCCUUUGAAGACCGCGGAGACCUGGAACCCUUGGAGCUGGUGUGGGCCAAGUGCCGAGGCUAUCCUUCCUACCCUGCCUUGAUCAUCGACCCCAAGAUGCCCCGGGAGGGCCUGCUGCACAAUGGUGUCCCCAUCCCCGUGCCCCCACUGGACGUCCUGAAGCUGGGAGAACAGAGACAGGCAGAGGCUGGAGAGAAGCUCUUCCUUGUCCUCUUCUUUGACAACAAGCGGACCUGGCAGUGGCUUCCAAGGGACAAAGUCCUACCUCUGGGUGUGGAAGACACUGUGGACAAGCUCAAGAUGUUGGAAGGCCGUAAGACCAGCAUUCGCAAGUCUGUGCAGGUGGCCUACGACCGCGCCAUGAUCCAUCUGAGCCGAGUCCGGGGGCCCCACUCCUUCGUCACCUCUAGCUACCUGUGAGGGCGAAGCUGGGCCUGCAUCCACCUGCCCUGCUUCUGUCCAAGGGACCCAGGGAAGCCUCUUCUAAUCCAAGCCAGGUGGAUAGCCAGCAGCUUUCCCCCUCUUGUGGCAGGCCAGGGACUGGGCCUGUCUCUACCAAGAGCCAGGCCUCAGUUCAACCAAUACAUGGUUCCCCUGGCAGGCCUGCUGUGUGCCAAAAACUCCUACCCAAGGUCCCUCGGGAUAUUCUAUUGAAGAACCCGUUAGAAGUGGAAACGUGUGGGGCUGGAGCCCAGCCAAGGAAAUGGACCCAGGCUAGAAGGCAGGAAGGAAGUCCUGGGUUCCAUGAGGGGCUGUUUGGCCCUCUUCAUUCCCCUCCCAACUACCAACACCUCAGGAUGGGUGAGGUUCUGACAGUGAUCCCAGAGAUGCUGUGGAUGGAUGCGCCAGGAUCCCGUGGGCAAUCCCCCUGAGCUCUGCUCUCUCCUUGUCAUCUGUUUUAACACGUCUUCCUGUCCCAUCCCCUGCACCUGGGCCAGUCUCUCUCUCUCUCUCAUGUUCUUUUCCUUUCUUUUGCUCUUGUGCCAAACUGAUGGGAACCAUGCCCAAGCUGGUCUUUUCCUUUCAUGUUGCAUUCCCCUGAAGGCCAGCUGCUCUGCCAGACUCCUCAGGGUACAGACAGAGACCAUUUCCCCAAAACAGACAUUGGUACCAGCACAGCGCCCCUCAGACCCCACUGCCAAGACCUGGCUGUGUGGGUGCACCUUGUAGAUUGCGACAGGGGCCCUCCUAUUUUUGCCCUGUCUUCCCUCGAGGUAGGCUGAGGUAGGUGCACCUGUCAGGCUGGGUGUGAACGUCCAUCGGCUCACCUGGAUGUGGAGGGGAUUGGGUGAAGACUGUCCUUCCCUUGCCCCUUUGGGGGCUGUCCCAUUUCUGUGCCACAGUCCCAGCCUCUCUUCCCCACUGUGGGUGGACCAACACCUGCCCUCCAGCAUCUCUGCCCUGCCCACCUCUGCUCUUGCAUCCCAACUCUAAGGAUUACAACCCUAUUAUUCCCAAUCCCCUUUUCUCUUGAAGCCCUCCCCACCUUCACUUUCUCAACGAUAGAAGGAUACCAAAACUGUGAAUGAGGAAUGCUGACUGACAAAGCAACACACCUCUCAGAGGCUUCGGCAUCGUUUCCUGGACGUUUUCUUUUUACACCUCUUAAUUAAGCACCAAAGUUGCAGGGCCAGGUUGCAGGCUGUUGAUCGCCAUGUUGAUUUUUAACCUGACGUUCUUUUUAAUUGUUUUAACUUUUUUCGUAGGGGAGUUUUGGACAAAAUGAAGUCACUGGGGGAGAUCACUGCCAUUUUUGCACAUUCAACUUUUUAAAAAAGAAUACAGCCAACCAACCACCACAACUUCUUAAUAUGUUUGGGACACGAGCCAGAGUUUAAAAGGGAACCACCAAAACUUCUCUUUAACACAAAGGACGGGUUUUUGGAUUUUGUACAAUAAUAAAAAGCAGAAUCCAGCAUGUGGCUAGGGAAGAACAUGGUGUAUAUAAUUGUAAAAUACUGUUCUAAAUUAUUCAGGCCUCUGCUUGGCCUUGUCUGAGUCCUCCAGUGUGUGACUACACAGUGUGGUUUAUCUCCAGGAGCCAGCGUGUCCCCUCUCCCCGGCUAGUUGGUCCACUGUGGACUCUGUGACCCUUGUCUAACCUGUGUUGUACGGUCUCGGGGCUUUCUUCCCCACCCCCUUGCUAUCUAUCUCCUCCUUCCACUCCCCACCCCUCCACCUUCUCUCCCUAGUCUAUUUUUCAGUCUCUUUGAACCUCCCAGUCUCUGAGUCUCCUUUUUAAAAACACUCUGCUAGGCCGAGAACGGCUCAGAUCCUGCUGUGGCAUGGGGCCUGCGUGUCUCUGUCGCGUCUGCUGUGAAGCACAUGAUGCUCUAUUUAUUGUAGAAAGUGACUUUAUUUGCUUUCUAGAGUUGUUUAUAACAGAUGGUAUAAGAAGUAAUAAACAGAGAAAACUCUAUGCCUGUAAAGAAUACCAGAGUUAAUUUUACCUACUAUAAUAAAACUGUCGGAAACUUAUUUUCUCUCUGAGAAAUAAAUGUUCUAAUGGGCAGCCAUU